AUGGGUGCUUCACAUUCCAUCUCUCUCACCACUGACACCAUCACCCUUCUUCUUCACUCAAAUCCCACAACCACCUUGUUCUCUCAAUCAAGAUUACGAAACCCAGUGUGCAAACUAAACCCCACCAACCAAAUCUUCAAGACCCAGUUGAAGACCAUGUCUCAAACCUCUCAAGUUGUGCCAGUCAAUGGUGGCAAAGCUGUAGUUAGGGAGACCCAGGAUGAGAGUAGCACAAACCCAAUUAAUGUUGAUGGGAUUGAUCAGACACUGGUUGACAAGAUCGUGUAUGAUGCUCUUGUUUGGAGCUCUAUUCAUGGCCUUGUUGUUGGUGACAGGUCUGUUCAGAGGUCAUCAACAGUACCUGGAGUAGGAAUGGUACACGCCCCGUUUGCUUUACUUCCAAUGCCAUUUCCAGAAAGUCAGUUGAAACAGGCAUAUGAUUUAGCCCCCAUAUUCAAUGAACUUGUUGAUCGAGUGAGUUUGGAUGCGAAAUUCCUGCAGGAUUCACUGUCCAGAACGAAGAAAGCAGAUCCAUUUACAUCUAGACUUCUAGAUCUUCAUGCCAUGAUGCUAAAGAUUAACAAGAGAGAGGAGAUACGCUUGGGUUUACAUCGGUCAGAUUAUAUGCUUGAUGAACAAACCAAAUUACUACUUCAAAUUGAGAUGAACACAAUUUCAUCUUCAUUUGCAGGGCUCACUGGUCUUGUCGGCAAGCUUCACAGGAGCUUACUUAGUAACUAUGGAGGACUUCUUGGAUUAGAUUCCACAAGGAUUCCUGAUAAUGCUGCAGUUAGUCAAUUUUCAGCAGCUUUGGCUAAAGCGUGGACUGAAUACAACAACCCCAGGGCCGCUGUUAUGUUUGUGGUUCAGGCUGAAGAACGCAACAUGUAUGACCAACAUUGGCUCUCUGUUACUUUGAAAGAAAAGUAUAAGAUAUCAAGUAUUCGAAAAACUUUGGCAGAAAUUGAUUCCGAGGGGGCCCUUCUACCAGAUGGAACACUUGUUGUGGAAGACCAAGUAAUUGGAAUAGUUUAUUUCAGAGCUGGGUAUACCCCAAAUGAUUAUCCUUCUGAAUCAGAGUGGAGAGCUAGGUUACUUAUUGAGCAGUCAUCCGCCAUCAAGUGCCCAUCAAUAUCAUAUCAUCUGGCAGGGACGAAAAAGGUUCAACAGGAACUAGCUAAGCCUAAUGUUCUUGAGAGGUUCCUUGAUGAUAAACAGGACAUUGCAAAAUUGCGAAAAUGCUUUGCUGGAUUGUGGAGUUUGGAUGAGUCAGAUAUUGUUAGAAAAGCAAUAGAAAGCCCAGAGUUAUUUGUCAUGAAGCCCCAAAGAGAAGGCGGAGGGAACAAUAUCUAUGGCAAUGACGUGAGGGAAUCCCUCAUUAAAUUGCAGAAGGAAGGUUCGGAAGCAGAUGCUGCUUAUAUCCUGAUGCAGAGGUUAUUUCCUGCUGUGUCUCCCACAUUCUUGAUACGAGAGGGAAUUUGUUAUAAAGAGGAUACUAUAUCGGAGCUUGGUGUAUAUGGUGCCUACUUAAGGAACAAUGAGAAAGUGAUUGUGAAUGACCAGUGUGGCUACCUGAUGCGAACCAAGGUUUCGUCUUCAGAUGAAGGUGGAGUUGCAGCUGGAUUUGCCGUCUUAGAUAGUUUAUAUUUAACUUGAGGGGUUGCCUUCUUAGUACCUAAGUGCGCUUACCAACAAAGCCCAACAGUUCUCUUACUAACGCACAUUUUCUCAUUUUUGACAUUCUCACCAUUGUUACAAAGGGAAAUAAUGACGGGACUACUUUUGUCAAUGUAAUAACACUA